AGUAUAAUAUGGAUUUUCUUUCAGUUUGAUAAUUUGAAGUUAAACUCCAACACAUUCUUUGAGGUCCUCCAUUACAGAAUCUCUUCCAGACAAAGACGAUCCAAGAGAGAAGAAAAUAUUAGAGAACUUUUAUGGAUCUAAAAUAAAUCAAUAAAUAAAAUAAAUAAACAAUAAAGCUAUUCAGCAGGUUUGGAAAGACACAUUGUUGAGAAAAUAUGAUAGAGCGCAUGGUGUAAGUUUGAAAUGAAACGAUUGCCACAGGGUGUAGGUUUUGGAUUUGACCACACGGGGACAUUGUAGACCGUCACAUCUGAAAUGCGUUUCUGAUUUAACGGAACUCCUCCCAGAGCCAGAUGACGUUUCUUGAAACAAAGGGAAGAGACGCUUAAAACAGACCAGCGGUGUCGCUACCAUUGGGUUAUUUUUAUUAUUUAUUUCUCGAAGAGGAUUGCCUCAUUUACUUUGAGUGUUCACAGAAGGAUUUUGAAUCUAUGUUUUCCAUGCAUUUUUGGCAAGAUGAUUCUUCAGGGGAGGACUAGCUUUGUGUGGAUAUACUUCGUCUUUGUGCUGCUGCUUUGCUGCUGGGAAGCGGCUCUCGGACAGCUUUCAUACUCCGUAUCAGAGGAGGUAAACCAAGGGACCGUGAUCGGAAAUAUAGCCAAAGAUCUCAACCUAAAUGUUAAGGAUCUCGACACUCGCAUGUUCCAGAUCGUUGCAGGAUCGAAGAAAAAAUAUUUUGAGGUAAAUCUAAAGACCGGUGCUCUUUACGUCAACGAGAGAAUAGAUCGAGAGGAACUGUGUGGCGCUGAAGCAAAAUGCUCAAUAAGUGUAGAAGCGGUUCUUAAUAAUCCUCUAAAAUUGCACCGCAUUGAAAUUCUGAUUCUGGACGUAAACGAUCAUUCUCCUAGUUUCCUUACUGGUCGUCAAAUGAUUAACAUCAGUGAAAGCACGGCGGCAGGAACCAAAUUUCCGCUGCAUCCCGCCCAUGAUGCGGACAUUGGCAAAAAUACAGUGCAAACCUACAGGCUUAGUCAGAACGAACACUUUUCUCUAGCGAUACAAAAAGGAGAGAGUGUAACGCCUGAACUGGUCAUUCAGAAAGUGUUAGACAGAGAAAAGUUGUCUGUAAUUCGGCUCAUUUUGACGGCUCUGGAUGGAGGAACGCCUGCAAAAUCAGGCUCCAUGGUGGUUGUCAUUAAUGUGUUGGAUAUUAAUGACAACGCCCCUGUUUUCAGUCAAACUCUGUACAAAGCCAGGGUGUACGAAAACGCAAAGCUCGGAACGCCAAUUAUAACUUUAAAUGCUACCGAUUUGGACGCGGGGAAAAACGGACACGUGACAUACUCAUUCAGUGAAGUAGGUCGUGGUAAACAUACUGAGCUCUUUGAAAUUAAUGAAGAUACCGGAACAGUGACAAACAAGAAGAACAUAGACUUUGAAGAGACCAAUGCAUUUGAGAUUCGAGUUCAGGCCAGUGAUGGAGCUUCCUCACCCAUGACUUCAUAUGCUAAAUUACUUAUUGAAGUACUAGAUGUGAACGACAACGCUCCUGAAAUUACAGUCACUUCCCUUUUAAAUACAGUGAAAGAGGAUUCAUCCAUUGGCACCGCGAUUGCUCUUGUUUCUGCAUUCGAUAAAGACAGCAGUAAAAAUGGAGUGGUGAACUGCAAAAUUUCAGACAACAUCCCUUUUAAACUAGAGUCAAACUAUAAGAAUUACUAUUCUUUAGUUGUGGAUGGGCCCCUGGACAGAGAACGAGCACCUUAUUAUAAUAUUUGCAUCACAGCCACAGACAAUGGGAGCCCGCCGCUUUCAAACACCAGCGUCAUUAUUGUUCACGUUUCUGAUGUGAAUGAUAACAGACCUCAUUUCACAGAAGAUAUUACAAACAUUUUCAUAAAAGAAAACAGUGCAACAGGAAAAGUUAUUAAAAAAGUGUCAGCAGUGGAUGCAGACAUUGAACAGAAUGCUCAAAUUAGUUAUUCAAUUUUACAUAAUAACAGUAACUCGCUGCCCCUUAGUUCCUUGCUAAGUAUAAACUCACAGACUGGAGAUAUAAUCAGUCUGCAGUCCUUUAAUUAUGAGGAACUGAAAACGUUUCAGUUUAUAGUUCAGGCUACAGAUUCUGGUGUUCCUCCACUCAGCAGCAACGUUACUGUUAAUGUUUUAAUCCUGGAUGAAAAUGAUAAUAAUCCAACGAUUCUAGCUCCUUAUUCUGAGCACGGCUCUGUUAACAGUGAGACCAUCCCUUAUUCUGCUGAAGCGGGAUACUUUGUAGCAAAGAUCAGGGCUGUGGACGCAGAUUCUGGAUACAACGCGCUGCUUUCUUAUCACCUGUCGGAGCCCAAAGGACACAACCUGUUCAGGAUCGGAACCAGCACCGGAGAAAUCAGGACUAAGAGGAGAAUGAGCGACAAUGACCUGAAAAGUCACCCACUGGUGGUGUUAGUUUCUGAUAAUGGAGAACCUUCUCUGUCAGCCACUGUUUCUAUGGAUGUGAUGGUGGUUGAAAACACAGCUGAUGUCCAGACUCAGUUCAGACAUGUUCCUAUAAAGGAGGACAACUUCUCUGAUUUGAACUUGUAUCUACUGAUCGCCAUCGUGUCAGUGUCUGUGAUCUUUCUGCUGAGUCUCAUCAGUUUAAUAGCUGUCAGAUGCCACAGGACAGACAGUGAUUUCAGCAGGUACAGCGCCCCCAUGAUCACCACCCAUCCUGACGGGAGCUGGUCUUACUCUGAAGCUACUCAGCAGUAUGACGUGUGUUUCAGCUCAGACACAAUGAAGAGUGACGUAGUGGUUUUCCCCGCACCGUUUCCACCUGUAGAUGCUGAACUGAUCAGUAUAAAUGGGAGCGAUACUUUUACCAGAACUCAGACUUUACCAAGCAAAGAGAAGCCCAAGGCACCUAACUCGGACUGGAGAUACUCAGCCUCCCUGAGAGCAGGUGGUGUAAUGCAGAGUUCAGUCCACAUGGAAGAGUCUGCAGUCAUGCAGGGAGCUCAGGGAGUCCUGGUACAGAACUGGCCCACUGCAUCGAGUGCUGCUGACGGUGAAGGAGGAGAAGUUUCCCCACCUAUGGGUGCCGGCGUAGACAGCAACAGCUGGCACUUUCGUUAUGGCCCAGGUGGUCCCGGAGCGCCCCCACAGCACCUGAAGCCUGGGGAGGUUCCUCCAGAAGCAUUCAUCAUUCCUGGCUCCCCAGCCAUAAUUUCCAUCAGACAGAACCAGGGAGGAGAGGACGACAAGAGUGAUUUCAUCACCUUCGGGAAAAAGGAGGAGGCCAAGAAAAAGAAGAAGAAGAAGAAGGAAAAGGAGAAGAAAGAUAAGAAGGAUAAAGGCAAGGAUGAUGGUGACGAGUAAAGCAGAGAGCAGAAAAUGCGUAAAAUAGCUAAGAAGAAAAGGGUGCUGCUAAAACAGAGGUACCAACCAAAGUUCACUGGGUAAAAAGAGAAUAUUUUCUACCAUCAUUCAUUAUUGCUGAUAAAGUUUCAAAGCUUUUUCUGUUAUGAUUCUGGCCUUAUCAAGAUAUAGUUUAUCUUCAGUUAAAUACUGAUCUAAAUUAUUUGUCUUGCCUUUAUAUAAUUAAUAUUUUAAAAUAAAAGAGAAUGAUUGUUUCUUCCUCUCCAUGCCCCAAUGUGCCUAUGCACCCUGAGUCUACUUUUACUAUCUUUUUGGAAAAUGGAAGGACAAUCCUUGUCCUUGUGUUGUUGUUCUUUUCUCCUUUAACCCACUGGGCACGUUGGCACCUCUGUCUUAUCCACUCCCCAGCGACAAUGUGUAAAGAAUUCUCUAAUCAAAGAGACCAGUACAUUGAACAUAAACAACAUAAAGCUGUGCCAGCCAAGGAAAAAAGAGGAAAAUGUGAAAAGAUUGACACAGAUGCAUGCAGUCUGGAGCUGGACACACUCUACUUGUAAAUAGCACAAACAAGAGUCACUGAAACUAAAGGCUAAACUGGCACUGCUGCAGAUUCACUGGUAAUUACCAACAGUGUUCCCUUAAAUCUCAAUGAAACCACAUGUGCGCACACUAACACAUCCAAACGUGCAAACAGCAACUUAUUACCCAUAAGACAAUUGACACAGGAAGCACCUGAGGCCUGGAAAGAACGAGUGAGAGAAAAUAUAAGAGAAAAGACUGGCUGAAAACUGGACACUGCAAGUUCUUUGCCCUGCACAGUCACUUCUGAGAGUGCAGAUGUACAUCAACUCUCUCAGGAUGGAAGAAGAACCAUUUGCAAUAGCUCUAUCUUUGCUUGGAGAGCACACAAAGAGCUUUAUCUUCUGCAAGAAUCCCAACUGAGGAGGAGAGAGUCCACUGGAAAAUAUGGAGAGAAAAUGGGGAGAUGCUUCACAUUCUCCUGAGCAUCACAGAGGGUUGAGUACAGCUGAGGUGGCUUUAUAUGGUGGACUCUGAAUAUACUCUGAAGAGUAUUUGGAGAAAUUUUGAUAUCACUUUUUCUCCUCCUUUUUGCAGCAACAGCUAAACGCUUUCUGCUUUGAAUGUUUGGUAGCAACCAAUCCUUACCUGACACCUUGAGUUUACAGAUGCUUGUAUUUGUUCCCAGCUGCCACAAAACCAAAUUUUACUAAAAAUCACUUUUAUUUUGCUCAUUGCUCAUCAUGUCGACUGCUUCUCAUGUAAAAUGUAUGAAAUGUCUUUUUUGUUCUUUCAAGAGAUUCAAUAAUACCCGUGUUUAUUUUUCUUCAUGGCUUUAACCGCUUUAUGCUUUAUACUCCCACCUCACUGUUGUCCUCAGACACCCACUCGACCCCUUGCUCUGAUGGCCUGCUCUGAACAUUGUGGUGUGCUGAGAACAGCAUGGAGUAAUGCGGACGAGGCCCAGGGAGAACCAAACAGGGCUUUGCACCCUGAACCCGUGUCAGGUGCUUCUGAAGUGCAAAAUGGUUCAGUGCUUUUUAACUUGUGUAUACUACGGUAUGUGGUUCAUUUCCUGUUUGUAGAUAAUCACAAGAGGAGGUAUGGUGGGAUAGGGCUGAUUACAGCAACUGAAAAGAAAUGUGAUAAAAUAAGGAGCGAUUAAGAAAAAAAAAUCACCAACUUGAUUGUUUAGGAACAUUAAGUCACAUACUAGCUUCUAUGUACGCUGUAAAUGUAUCGUAGACUUCUCAUAGACUGAACAGUAGCUAUUGGAACUUGAGAAAUAUUGGGCACACAGGGAUUAUUUUUUUCCCUGAGCUUUAUCCCACCAACCUUCUCACAGACAGUUUUUUGAAAAGGGGCACUGAUGUGCCUCAAGACCUGCUUCUGUUGGUUACCCUCCCGUUGCCUGUAACUUGUUGCCACGUCCCAAAAGUUUUUGCGGCUCAGUAUGACGUCACUCCAUUAAGUGGCUGCUGCAUGUACUGCUCUACGGAAACAAACACUAUAUAGAGAAAUAUAUAUAUAGAUAGAUAGAUUGCUCUGAUUUUAUUCUUUUGUAUUAUUAUUACUAUUAUUUUUUUCUUCAUUAAUCACACAGGAAGUAUCUGUAUGUACUGCUGUCGCUCCCAAGCAUCCAUGUACCACAAUGUUCACACUCCACAGAUGUUUUCCGGCAUCCACUAACCUUCUUUAGGUAUUUGUAAAUGAUAUAGUGUGAUACCUUUCAACUGCAAGUUCAUUUUCUCUCUUUUUCCAACAGUGGUUUUGCGUUUCAAAACAAGCAAAGCAAAGCAAAAAUAAAAAUAAAAAUAAAAAAAACAUAAAAAUAAAAUAAAAAUAAAUAAAUAAAGCUUUAAAAAGCAAACAAAAAAAAAAAAACAAAUCACUCUGUCUCUGGCUUUGACAUGACGAUUUAACUCUGUAUUAUUGUAACUGAAAUAUGUAUGAUUCUAUGAAGAGCUAUCACUUCCCUUUCACUCUCAUUAUAAAAAAAAAUGGAAGAAAAAAAAUCCUGUGAAAAAAAAAAGAUUAUAUGUUAGUAUAUCCUUGUGUUUAGUGAGUGUUCAUGCUGUCAUUCUUUCCCAAAUGUAUGGUGGUGAACUAUGGUGGCAGUGUGCUGUCCUGAGUGGACUAGCAGAGAAAUGUUGUGAAACCUUUUUUUUGUACACCUUCUCAUCAACUGUAACAGUGAAAAGUAGUGGAUUUCAUUUAUUUCAUUUAUUUUUCAGACUUUUUAUUUUACCUAAAUGGAUACAGUGGUAAUGUGUUUGGUUUAAAAAUCACAAAUAAAAUUUUCUUUCUUAAGCGUA